CGACAGUCACGGCCAAUCAGCUUGUCAUGAUGGUUGUCAUUUGUGGUUUGAUAACAACAAAAUUAUUUAAAUCAUAAAAUACAGUGAUAUCGGUACUUGUUUAGUGACAAUAUAAAUUAUAUCUUUAAUAUUUACCGCAUCUUGCAAUGGCGCCAAACCUGGACAGGCGACAAACAAGCUUCCCUGAUCUUCAAUACCCACUUUUACGAGACCAAGAUCCAAAAACUGCCCAACAAUGGUUAGCGGGCAAGAAAGUCCAAGAUGGGGCAAACGGCCUUUGGCGAGUUCACGACAGCUUAUAUGAUUUGACGAAUUUUAUUGAUUUUCAUCCCGGAGGCACUCAAUGGCUUGAGUUUACUAAGGGUACUGACAUCACAGAAGCCUUUGAAACUCAUCACAUAAGAAGCGAUCUUGCCGAGACAAUUCUCGCAAAAUAUUUUGUUUGUCAAGCGGAGUUACCGCGAAAUUCGCCUUUUACAUUCAAAGAAGAUGGAUUCUACAGGACUUUGAAAGCGAAAAUUGCUGGGAGACUAAAGGACAUACCAAAAGACACACGAAAGAAGAGUGAUUACGUCACUGAUGCUCUGUUGAUUGCUUUGUUGAUCGGCAGCCCUUUGUGUUGUUGGAUUUGGAGACAGAAUUUAAUAUUAGGAGCAGUUACCACUGUAGCUCUGGGAUAUUUACUCAGUGCGCUCACAAUUUGCGCACACAAUUAUUUUCACAGAACCGACAGUUGGAGGAUGUAUUUGUUUAAUAUCAGUGGAUUUUCAUAUAGCGACUGGAGAAUAUCGCACGCCAUGUCCCAUCAUCUGCAUACCAAUACAGCCCAAGACAUCGAGUUAAGUAUGUUAGAGCCAUUCCUUCAGUUCCUGCCAACGCCGGUUAAGCCAAUCUGGGCCCAAAUGGCUGCCUUUUAUUAUCCUAUUGUGUUUUGUCUCACUUCUUUGGCAUGUUUAUUGAAAGAACUAAUAACGAUCGUUGUAAAACACCAUGAUAAGAAAGCUUCGUUUGCAAAUCUUAUCCCUUUUACACUUCCUAUAUGGAUGUGGUUAGCUGGUGGUCUGUUCCUACCAUGGACCCUGGCUGUUUGGUUGGCCAUUGUCAUUAUUGGCAGUUUCUUCUUUAUGAUACUGGGGCUCACUGCUGGUCAUCAUUCAAUUCAAAAUUUUUUUGAAGGUGAUACUCCCAGGCAGAAAUACCUAGACUGGGGGAUUCACCAGCUUGAUACGAUUGUUGAGAGAAUAGAGUUCGCAGGAAACCAUGUGAGAUCUAUUACUGGAUUUGGAGAUCACGCGCUACACCAUCUCUUUCCGACCCUGGAUCAUGCGGAGUUGAAAUACCUUUACCCAACACUUAUAGAACACUGCGAAAAGUUUGAAAUGGAACUACGAAUGACCAACUUCUAUGAAGCAAUAUUAAACCACAGCAAACAAUUGAUUCGCAAACGGCGAAACAAUUUUACGAUUACGAAUUCUAAGUUUGACAAAAGAAAAUGAAAUAUUAUAUGUAACUUAGAUUAUGGAAUGGUCUCCGCUAAGCUCUAACUAGAUACCGCAGGCGUAUUCGCAAAUUGCGGCAGCUAAUACUACGCUCAAAUGGGCGUACUCGAGCCAGUCCCGAACAAUGUGUGACGUUGACGUGCCACAUGUUCUGUUAAACUUUGCAAAUAAUUGAAACUAAUAUGACGGGUUACGUAGUAAAUCUUCGUAAAAAUAAUGCUACAAUAAAUAAGAAAGACACUGGGAUCACAUAUUAUCAUCAGUAAGUAUUUUGUAUUUUAUUAAUUUCAAUGUAAAAUAACACGAAGCGUAUGUUACAAAAUUUGAAAGAUGCCAUUGAGUUUCUUGAUGCCACGCGCACAAUCAUCUAAUAGUUGCCGUAAUAAAAAAGCUAUUGAUCUUAAGUAGUGCGGUAUCUAGUUGGAGCACAGUGGAAACCAAUGAUUAAUAUAAGAUAUGUAAAUAAUAUAUAAUAUAUAUGAGCAAUGGGCUUUAAAUCAGCAGGGUUUUAGGUUACCUUUAAGUUGUAGAAAAUAAUUAAUUAUAAAAUCCAUAACUAUUAAUUUUAAAUGUAAAAAAAAUGUUAGGCUUGUCAUUUUAUGCCUUAAUAUUUUUAUUCAAAGUAUUUUAUGUAAAUAAUUAUCAAAUAAAUAGUUAAAUGCUUUUGUUAAAUUUGAAUUUUCCAAAUAUCUUUCUUUAGCAUUCUGAGCUUGAUAAGUGUUGACGGAAAAUAUGUGAUAAAAGUUGAAUCAACCAAUCUGUGAUAAUUUUGCAUAACCAAAUUUAAUAGUUAUCAGAUCAAGCAUACACACAUUAUGUUUAAAAAAUGGAAAGAUAAAUUUAAAGGUACGUUAAUUAAAAUUAAACCGAUCUUUUUAAAAUAGCUACAUAAUAGAUAAUCCGAUGACAUUCAUUACAUAUAGACAAUGCACGUUGGAUAAACACAAAGACGAAAUAUGGAACAUGCCACAAAUUAUUCCAUGGUUAACUUCGACUGCUACAUCUAUACAUUGCCGCAUUUACUCAAAUUGCUUAAGAUAUUGUUGGUCAAUAAGCAGCAAUGUAAGACAUCUAUUUGGCUUGAGUUCGAUUCGGAAAGUGACAGUUGACAUUUUGUGUCAACAGUCAAAGUGACAGUUGACACAAAACUAAGGAGAAAGGUGUGCUUGCAUUGUCUUUUGACUGCGAAUGAUAUGUCCAUAUGUAUAGAACGUUAUUGAGAUAAUCUAACAAUUUGGAAAGCAGAACUUGUAAAGGACUUACUUUUAAGGCUUUCUAGCAAUGAUUUAAUAUUUAUUAAGUCAAAUAAAGUUGUCAUUUAAGGUGAUUAAAUUUAUUUUUUCGGGCGGAAGGUGUUUUGAUGAGAAUGGAAAUUAAAUUAUUUUUUAUAAUAA